AUGGGAUUUUUCUCGAUGCACUUCUACCUCACUUAUACAAAUUCGAAGAUCGUCGAGAAGAUGAGCAAUGGAAAAGGGAGCGCCAAGGGAUACCAGUUAUCUAUGCGAUACCAGAUUGAGGAGAAUUUGAGGUCACUGAAGCUACUUCGCUACUUCGUGGCCUGGUCCGUUGUCGUGAACAUUGUGUUGAUGGGCUGGGUGGGCUGGCCGUUACUUGCCUUUAAUGAGAAUGAGCUGGAUUCUCAAGUCAUGAUGACAUGCCUCGAGUUGCUGAACGCAUGUGCAAUUUUUGCUUUUACUCCUAUUAGCCUGCUCACCGUCGCCGAGUGGCGAUAUCAAUUUUUGAUGCUAUUGGGCAAGAGACAAACCACCCGCCCUCAGGAUAUGACGAAAAUGUCCACAACAACCGCCGAAGAUCCACUUUGCGCCGCCGUCGCUAAACUAACUUUCGGGACAUGGUACAUCUGGCAGACCAUCUUCAAAGCCGCCCUCAGCUCGGGUACCGUACUUUUUGUGGCAUAUAUGUUUGCGCGGAAACUGAUCUGGAUCCAUAAUGAAGUGCAUAGCCUAAUCGGCUUCAAAUUGCUCAUCGUCGCCAUCUACGCGCUGAUAAAUGCGAUUACACAUGGCUGCUGCAUGUUCUCAAUGUCUAGCACGAUUCUACUCUUGUUAUUCGAGCGCUCCUUGGCUAUUCACCCCAGUAUUACCGAAAAAUUUUGCCACCGACUGACGCGGCUAUUUGUGACCUUUGAGAUCUGUUUCUACGUGUACAUUGCCGUCGGGUAUAAUAAUGCCGAAUACGGGCAUAACCUGAGUAUAUUGCAUUGUCUGCAGGAAACUAUGUAUACCGAACCCUUCAUUAACGACCUCAACCUGGUGGUCAUUUGCAUCGACGUGCCGACAAUGUUCUACGGGUUAUUAUUCAAAUUUUUUUGCGAGUACCGGUUGAAAAAGCGAAACCGCCGCAGUCUACAGCACACCUACCGGAUACGAUAUUCCCUCCUCGUCGUCAAUUCAUUUCUACCCGUCAUUUUCUUCCACUGCCUGGUGAUAGCUUUUCAAAAUAUCAUCUACUUUGCGUGGCCCUGGUAUGCCGGUGCGGUGACGGAUUAUGUGGAGAUGAAGAAUAUUGAUGGGUUGACAUAUAUAACACCUUAUUACAUCGUGGUGAUGCCGAUUAUGUAUCGAGUAGCGUUGCAGAGAUUGCGUGAAAGGAGAGAACGUGAAUUCGACGAGGCAAGAAGCCCACGACUCGAUGGGAAAGUCGCACCGCAUGGAGAAAUCUACCGUAAUCUUUUGGCUUCGGCUUGGGCGGUGCCGACGAGUAUUUCAAUAAGAAAA